UUACCAGUUUUACGUCCAUUCCUCCUGUGUGUGUACAUAUAAUACAAUAUAAUAUCAUAUACAUAACAUACAUAUAUGUCGUAUAUCUUACAUUGAGUUUGCAUAUAAUACGCAUUUACACUUUCUCUCUUGAUGUUUGUACGCAGAUAAAAAAAGACAGACCAAGAAGAAAACAACACCGGGUUUUAGGCUCGCUGUUGGUCUACUCCGUCUUGCUUCGGUUGUGUCAUUGAGAACACGCAGAACAGUACAUAUUAUAUUAUUACAGUAAAUAUUACAUAUAAUAUACAUACACAAAUAUCCUCCAUAUUUCUCAGCGCAGCUUACAGAGGAUCAUUCAGCAAGCUCAGAGCGAGAAAAUCAAACCCGGCGCCUAGAUGACAAUGAUCAAGACGAAGAAAGAGAGUGGAUACUCUAGCUAGUGCAGAGUAGGGAGCUGAGCUUGGUUCCACUGAAGAAAGGGAAAGAUAACGGUCACCGACGAAUAGAACCGGCAGGACUGGCAGGAGUACGCACCGAAAACUCUUCUCGCGUCAGUCGCGUUCGUUCGGCUUAUUCGCGCGCACGUUUUCCAAUUAUUGUAUUAAUUUAAAAGCAAGCUUUUCUUUUAUUGUAGUAAUAUAAUUUAUAAUUGUAGUUUCAGUUGUUGUUAUUAUUAUUAUUAUAGCAGCCAUAAUUAUUUUUGUUUGUUGUUCAAUAAAAAAACAGGGUAAUUGCUGAGUUGCUGACUUAGUGCUUGAAGAGUUUGUGAAAAGUUGUUACCGGCGUGGUGCAAGUGUGAGAAGUUUUAAUUGGAGAUUUUAAUGCGAAAAAGUCAACGCUUGCUGGUGUUUAUUUUUGUGAAAAUAAUUCAACUAAAAAUUCUUUAUGAUGUCAAGCACUUGUAAUCGGAGCGUCGUGCUCUUAUUAAUACUGUCUGUCGUCACGUUUUCGAACGGUGACAACAGUGUCCACAUUUAUUCUAAACUACAGCAAUACGUAACAUCCAGUACGCUUAAUUGGCUUCCGGUAAAUCAUUAUGACCCAUCAAAAGAGAUUGUUAUUGGUGGUUUUCAACGUGUACCAAACGUUGAGACAAAUGGUCAAGAUCCCAUGACCAAAGAACGGGCAAUGUUUGUGUGCCGUGUCUAUCACGGUGGCAUAUGGGUAGCCGGGAGCCAGAUUCAAGGACAAAAUCGAUGCACCGUUACAUUACUAGGCAAUUUUCAUUCUUAUGAGCGUUAUGAAUUGCUUGAAAAUGUGGAGAAUUCAGCGCGACUGAGUUGGAUCCCUUGGGACAAGUUCCACAAAAUUCCAACGGGUGCUGUUGCCGCGGACACGAUGUUCGUAGCUCGACACGUUGUUUCCGCCGAAGAUGAUGAGGAAGAAGAAGAGGCCAAGAAUGAUAGCGUCUCGCCAAGUUACACCCACUACAUUGGAACGCUUGAUCACAAGGAUAAACUCGGGACAAUCACCUACGUUAAAGCCAACGGCGAAACUGGUUCAAAAUCAAAAGGCGAGGUCCUUGUCGAGACAGAGCCGCUUUACUACGACUUGAGGUCUGUCAAGCUGAAUCUUCGUCGUAAGCAUGUUAUUAAAAAUGAACCGAAGAUACUGGGCGAAGCAACAAUAAUUAAUUCACGCGAUGAGCCAGCCAAGUUAGCAGAGGCGUUUGGAUACAUCUACAAUUACUCCAGUUACUGGGGACAGGGUCACGCUAUGAUUAAGGCUCUCAAUACCUCUAUCAUGCUUGUCAAUGGUUCCAGGCUUCCAAGCAUUGCCUGGGGAAUGGAAGAAAAAUCCGAACGCUCUGACUUGUACACCGUGGAGAUCAAUCUCGAACCCGGAACAGCAGUUAACGUAACACUCAAGGCUAAUUAUAUGGAUAUGGAAGUACCAUACACUGGCGAACUUAAUUCACAUUACGAGGACGGCCAGCAGAGAUCGCGAGAUAUCGUUGGAAUGCGUAGAGAAGAAACAAUGCGUGAUAUAACUCCGGUGUUUAGUCCGAUAUAUUUCAUAAGCAAUUUUAGUAUCGUGCCUACGACCUUGGCCCCUCCGACGACACGUGGAACCACUACUACUUUGAAGGCCAGCACCUUCAGCAGUAGCAGCGCGGUUACUAGCACCACCAAAAACAGCGAGACGUCCUUGGAGACCACUCCUGAUAUGUCAAUCAAGAGCGAAGAUGAUGAAAACUCAAUAAUUCCACCGAGGAAGAGCGACUCCAGUAUGCAGAACGAUGAUGGUGGGCCUGAAUUGCUGAAGAACCAAGAACCAGGCGCUGUUACGGGAUUCUCUAAUGUAUUUAAAUCAAGUAUUACGUUAUUAUUAACGUCCGUCUUUGUAAGUCUGUACAGGAUCACGUGAAGUGUAUAUUUAUAUUUAUUUAUAUUAUAUAUAUAUAUAUUUGAAUUUAAAUAUAUAAAUAUUGAUUUUUGUUAUUAGAAAACUAUUACAAUUGAUUUAGUUAUGUAAGAUUAUUAUUAUGAGUAGAAAAAAUAUUCCGUUGGAAGUAAAUUUCAUAAAAAUGAGGGAAUGUAAGAUUAUUAAUAUUUAAUUGUUAUUCUCACAAUCUUUGUGCGAUAACGCUUUUAAAUACUCGAGAAACAAAAGUUACCACAAGUUAAAAUAUGAAUAAGAAUUAUAAGUUUUUUUUAGUUAAAAAAAAAAACGCUCGUAAAGUUUAUUGUCUUUAGUUAGUAUUUUUAUUAUUAUUAUUAUUAUUAGUGUAUAUUUUUUAAUAGUUUUUUUUGGUAUUUACAUCGAGACUUAAACGCGUUAUUGACCACAACUUAUAUGCUUGCCUUUGACAAAACAAAAAACUACUAAAUAAUAAAAAAGAGAAAGCUUGUGAGUUUGAGACAUUGUGCAUGAAAUUUACUGCACGUUUUAAAUAACCAACGCCUUCUUGACAAUGUAGCAUUUUAAGAUAAAAGAAACUAAAAAAUUAUAUGAAUAUAUAUAUAUUAUAAAUUAUUAUUAUUAUAAACUAGUCUUAUUGAACUUCGAGUACAAGCAAAUAUAAGCCAAGAAUAUUAAGUAUAUGUAUAUUCUAUACUAAUUAAAAUAUUGUUAACGGAACUCACACAAACGUUAAAGAGAAAAAAAAAGUCCACAGUCCAAUGAUUAAUAAAAAAAAAACUCAGUAGCUGAUUCCUUGUUUAAUUAUAAAUUAUAAAUUAUUAAUAAUUAAUAAGGGAUAAAUAAAUGUCUAAAUAUAUUUAAAAAUGAAAAUAAUUGCGAUUAUAAACUAUAAUUAUGAAUUAUAAAAAUACAAAGAAGGCUUUUUAAAUAGACGCAGUAUUUAAAUUAUUUCUGCGUGUAAUAAUUAUUGAUAAUUGAUAAUAUAAAUUGUAUAUUCAAAGAUAUGAUGAUGAUUAAAUUGUAAUGAUAGGAGUAAUUUAAAUGAUGGACAUAAGUAAAGAGAGGUAGAUGCGUAGAUAAAUUUAUAUGCAGCUACAUUAAUAUAUUUUUGAGACCGGGAUACAAUUGAUGAUUAUGAUAAUGAUGAUGUUUGUAAUAUUUUUAAGUAAAUGAGUAGCGUGUAAGGAUCGUGCAGAUAAUAAGGGCUUAUUACUUUAUAGCGUUCCUAAUUAUUCGAGUUAAUAUUUAAUAUUAUUCGUUGCUUUACUUUAAUUAGUUAUUAUUAUUAAUCAUCUUAUUGAUGUUUUUGUUAUUAAUUAUUAUUAAUUAUUUAAUGGAUAGCAAAUAUUUUUCUUAUAUUUUAGUAUUUUGGUUACUAAAUUCCUAUAGAUUUAUAUUUAUAUUUAUAUAUAUAUAUAUAUAUAUAUAUUUUAAAUGAUCAUUAUAUUAGAAGUUACCUCGCACAAACUAUUAUUAAUUUAAUGCUCUCGGUUUUUAUUUAUUAUAUUUUUAACUAUUAAUUUAUCAUUUUCCCAAUCAAAGUUUCAUAUCAGUUAGCCCAAUUGCAAGCAAUAAUUGGUACUUAGUAUACGGAUUUUUGCAUUCAUUAUUUUAUUGAUUAAAAUUAAUUGAUUGAUUAUAAUUAUAUUGGCAAUAAAUUUAUUGCGAUUUAGAUCAAUCGAUAAAUUUGUUCUUGAAUUAGAUCAGAACAUUAUUUGGGCUUCGAACAGAAUAAACUUAUUCAUAUUUAAUAAUUAUGUUAUUUAAAAAAUAAAGCUUUUCUGUGCUACUA